AUGCCGGUUCCAAGCAGGCCUUUGAACAUCGGCCGUUCUCAGAGCUGGGACGCUGCCGGGUGGUACGAGGGUCCCUGGGGGGGUGUCGAGGAGCCCAGGCCCCCGGGCCGUCGAGGCUCACUGACACCCGGGCCCGAAGGCGCCUGGUAUGAGCCAGACCCCAGGGUGAGGGGUGCGCCGGCCCGGGAGCCCUACCUGUACCGGGAGGCCAGCUCGGGCGCCCUGGGUCGGAAGGGCUCGGUCCCCGACUUCACCUUCUACGACAGCAGGCAGGCGGUGAUGGCCACCCGGCCCGCCGUGCCACCUCGGGACUACUUCGGCGAUCCAUCUGUGGCUGCCCAGGUGCCCAGAGAGCCUCCCUACUUCCGGGACCCUGGGGUGAGCCGGCCGAUGCCCAGUUACGGGGUGCUGGGCAGCCGAGUGGCUUGGGAUCAAGUGUCCAGCCCUUUCCUGCAGGACGCAGGUCACUUGUUCCGGGAGCUUGGUGGGAAGGUGAUGUCCCCAGGGCCAUGGACACAGAGCAGGACCACGACUGCCCGGCGCUUUGGAGCAGAGCUCCCCGAGGCCAGGUAUGGGGCAGAGGCAGGCGCCUACCCCACCAGCCAGGUCUACAACGAAGUUGGGGAUCGAUCUGGGGACCCGGGCCUGGCCCGGCAGGCAGCCCCAGCAUGCCUGGUGGUGGACCCUGGAACAGCUGCUCCCACCAACGGCGGCUCAGGAACAACCCCCAGUGGUCCCGUUCACACCUUUGGCCCCUCGCGGGAAAGCUGUCACCCUAAGAUGACUUCUGACAACUGUGAUGCGGCCCUGCCCCCGUUCCCGGGGCCCAGCCCCAGGAGGAGCAUCCAGCCUGAGUUCCUGGCCCUGCUGCGCGCCGAGGGCCUGGCAGAGGGCACGCUGGCCGCUCUCCUGCAGCAAGGCUUCGACUGCCCCGCUGUCCUGGCCACGCUGGAGGAUGCAGACAUCAAGGCCGUGGCGCCCAACCUGGGCCAGGCGCGCGUCCUCAGCCGGCUGGCCAGCAGCUGCCGGGCAGAAGCGCAGCUGUGGCGCCAGGAGCGGGCGGGCGCCCUGCCCCGUGUGCGCUCCAGCAGCUUCAACCACCGCCAGGAGCCGCUGCGCGCAGACCUCGGUGCUGGCACCCCGCAGCCUCAGCCCCUGGGGCCCCUGCAGGUGGCUUCCCCGCGAGUUGCAGACCUGGCCCGACGCCCCUCGAGUGCACCAUCCCAGCACCUCCUGGAGACGGCAGCCACCUACUCUGCCCCUGGGGUGGGCGUCCAGACACCCCAUCUCCCCACCAACUCUGGAUACAGUUCUCCCACCCCUUGCGCCCUCACAGCACGGCUGGGGCCCUCGUACCCCCAACAGGCGGGGAUGGCCUUGACUAACCCAGGCCCGGCCAGCCCCUUUCACCAGGGCCCCAGGACCGCCUACUCCACCGCGUACACCGUGCCCAUGGAGCUGAUGAAACGCGAGCGCAGUGCGGCCGCAUCCCCUCUGCCCAGCCCCCAUGGCAGCCCCCAGCUCUUGCGCAAGCCCGGGGGCCCCCUGGAGGCACCCCCCAGCCACAGCCUGCACACGCCGCAUGCGCCCUACCAGAAGGUGGCCCGGCGGACAGGCGCGCCCAUCAUCGUCUCCACCAUGCUCGGCCCUGAACCAAGUAUCCGCCCCCAGAUCAUGAACGGCCCCCUGCACCCCCGCCCCCUAGUGGCGCUACUUGACGGCCGAGACUGUACCGUGGAGAUGCCCAUCCUGAAGGACCUGGCCACUGUGGCCUUCUGUGACGCUCAGGCUACCCAGGAGAUCCACGAGAAGGUGCUAAAUGAAGCAGUUGGUGCUAUGAUGUACCACACCAUCACGCUCACCAGGGAGGACCUGGAGAAGUUCAAGGCCUUGAGAGUGAUCGUCCGGAUAGGCAGUGGCUACGACAACGUCGACAUCAAGGCUGCCGGCGAGCUGGGGAUUGCUGUGUGCAACAUCCCCUCGGCAGCAGUGGAGGAGACAGCCGACUCGACCAUCUGCCACAUCCUCAACCUGUAUCGGAGGAACACAUGGCUGUACCAGGCGCUGCGUGAGGGCACGCGGGUGCAGAGCGUGGAGCAGAUCCGGGAGGUGGCCUCGGGGGCCGCCCGCAUCCGCGGGGAGACGCUGGGCCUCAUCGGCUUCGGUCGCACAGGGCAGGCGGUCGCUGUUCGAGCCAAGGCCUUCGGAUUCAGCGUCAUAUUUUAUGACCCCUACUUGCAGGAUGGGAUCGAGCGGUCCCUGGGCGUGCAGCGGAUCUACACCCUGCAGGACUUGCUGUACCAGAGCGACUGCGUGUCCCUGCACUGUAAUCUCAACGAGCAUAACCACCACCUCAUCAAUGACUUUACUAUCAAGCAGAUGCGACAAGGAGCGUUCCUGGUGAAUGCAGCCCGUGGGGGGCUAGUGGACGAGAAAGCCUUAGCUCAAGCCCUCAAGGAAGGGAGGAUACGAGGGGCGGCCCUCGAUGUGCAUGAGUCGGAGCCCUUCAGUUUUGCUCAAGGUCCCCUGAAGGACGCUCCCAACCUCAUCUGCACACCCCACACGGCCUGGUAUAGUGAGCAGGCCUCACUGGAGAUGAGGGAGGCCGCUGCCACUGAGAUCCGCCGAGCCAUCACAGGUCGCAUCCCAGAAAGCCUACGAAACUGUGUGAACAAGGAAUUCUUUGUCACCACAGCACCUUGGUCAGUAAUAGAUCAGCAGACAAUUCAUCCGGAGCUCAAUGGUGCCACGUACAGGUACCCUCCUGGCAUCGUGGGCGUGGCCCCGGGAGGACUGCCAGCAGCCAUGGAAGGCAUCAUCCCCGGAGGCAUUCCCGUCACGCACAGCCUGCCCACCGUGGCACAUCCUUCCCAAGCCCCUUCUCCCAACCAGCCCACAAAACACGGGGACAGUCGAGAGCACCCGAACGAGCAAUAGCAGAAGACGCCACAAGGCCAUCAUUCAGAUAAGCCUGGGACCAAGAGACCGUGAACAGCAGAGUGUGACAACAGGGACUGGACAGUCUUCGUAACUGAUUCUGGACACAACGCAUCAUCGCUGUCACAGUACUGAAGCCACAGAUGAGUGAAGCCGAGACCUGGAAAAGCCAUGGAUGCUGGCUGCUCCCCAAGCGCUGAGAGACUAGGGCUGAUUUCUUACAGACCAACUUCUGUUAUUGUGUGUUAAGUUUCUCACCUGUGCAUCAAAUCACCAAGAAUAAAUAGAUCUUUUCCUUUAUCAGUCCCUUGGGCACAGCAGGAGAGCACCUUGCUCUAGAAUGUUGCAUCACAAGUUGCAAACAUCAAAAUAAAAAUGUAAAGAGGA